AUGUCUGCACCAGUGGUUCAGGGCCUCUCCUCCUUGGGCUCUCAGGCCGGACAAUAUGCCAGGCGUCAGGCCAACACAUGGAGAGACAGACUCUUGACUACAGACAAAUCUCGCCGUAGGGCACAAAUUGUUCAAACCUCGUUCGCAGUCCACCGACCCGUCUGGGUUACGGCUGGUGGCGCUGCAUACACAACUGCAGCGGCAGCACUGCUGACACUACGAUACAUGAAACGACUAAGAUGA